GGUGCCAUGGGAUCAAGUAGGUCCAACAGGUACAGCAUUGUGUCAGGCAUUUUGCCGGUGGACGAGCGCCAGAGGAUCGCCAGCCUAGGUCUCUGCAACGGCCACAGUUCCACCAACAUCCAGCUGCGCCCAGUCUGCGACACAGAGACGGACGACAGUCGGAGGAGGUCAGGAGAAUCUGUGGUGUCCAGCACGACGACACACGGAGGGAUGAACAACUACAACGGAAAGAUUCUGACAAGGGGCUCCAACCAAGUGCGGAGCAGGUUUGUUAAGAAAAAUGGACAAUGUAAUGUUGUGUUGACCAACAUGGAAGACAAGAGGCAACGCUACCUGGCCGACAUCUUCACCACCUGCGUGGACAUCCGCUGGAGGUACCUGCUGCUUAUCUUCUGCACCAGCUUCAUGGUGUCCUGGCUUUUCUUUGGCCUUAUCUUCUACACCGUCUCCCUGGCACAUGGAGACUUUGAGGAGCAGCCCACAGGGAAGGGAGAUGGGCUGGUGGCCGGGGGCUUGCAUGGACCCGCCCCUGGACACACAGCUGGAGGGCCGCCACAAAGGAUGCCCUGCAUACUUCAUGUACAGGGAUUGGUUGGGGCGCUCCUGUUCUCCAUGGAGACCCAGACCACCAUUGGUUACGGCUGGCGCUGUGUAACCGAGGAGUGCCCGGCCGCGGUGCUAACAGUGGUGGUCCAGUCCAUCGUCGGCUGCAUCAUUGACUCUUUCACGAUUGGCACCAUCAUGGCCAAGAUGGCGCGGCCAAAGAAGAGGAAUCAGACCCUCGUGUUCUCUGAGAAUGCCGUCAUCUCCCUGCGCGACGGCAAACUCUGCCUCAUGUGGAGGGUGGGCAACCUGCGGAAGAGCCACAUCGUGGAGGCUCAUGUCCGAGCACAGCUCAUCAGGUCGUACGUCACCGCUGAGGGAGAGUUCAUCCCCUUGGAGCAGAUGGACCUGAACGUGGGCUACGACGAGGGCACCGACCGGCUGUUUCUAGUUUCGCCACUGGUUGUAGUGCACGAGAUAGAUAAGGAUAGCCCCUUGUACACUUUAAGUCGAGCUGAUCUGGAGUCAGAUGACUUUGAGGUUGUGGUGAUCCUGGAGGGGAUGGUGGAGGCCACGGCCAUGACCACCCAGUUCCGUAGCUCCUACCUGGCUCGAGAGAUCUUCUGGGGUCACAGGUUCGAGCCUGUGAUCUACGAGGACCGCGACCGCUACAAGGUCGACUACUCUCGCUUCCACAAGACCUACGAGGUGCCGUCAACGCCUCACCUCAGCGCCAAAGAACUCGGCGAGACCGCGAGUCGAGCCUCCUCUGCCGCUUCUCACGUCCCCGCAUGUAGAUCCACUAAAGACUUGAUUCCCAGGACGCUGAGCGCCUUCUGCUACGAGAACGAAGUCGCCCUGAGCUGCGGGGAGGACGAGGACGACAUUUUCGACUCCACUCAGAUCGUAGAGAAGGAGAGGCCGGAGGAAAGGCGGAGCUCAGUUUCAGUAGACUUCCAAAAUAUGUUCCAGGACACAGCCAACAUGACACCAGGCAGUCACAGCGUCAUGUGUGUUCUGGACAUGGACAACAAUGAGAUGGAGUUUGACAUCAUGCAGACGGCCAUUCCUCUCGACCCUGUGACCUACAAGGGAGAGCAAGAGAUCUGA